AUGUUUAGUGAAACCAUCACCAUCACAGCCGGGGACGACUUCGAGGCGAGCUGCUUAAAAGUGGUCGAGCCCGGAGACACAUGCCACCUUGAGAAGGGCGACUACGUGCAUGAUGGUCUGACCGUCACCCACGGAACGGAGGACAAGCGCAUUACCAUCACCGGCGACCCCGAUGCCUGCAUCAAGGGAAGCAAUACCCAGGACCGUGUGAUGCAGAUCGCGCACGACUACUACACUAUCGAGGGAAUAUGCUUCGAUGGCCACCACGGCGAUGAAAACGUGGCCACCGCGAUCUAUGUGCUGGGUGCUGACCGCAAGAGCACCAAGAAUGGUGAAACGUCUUCGGUAACGGGCCUCGAGAUGUUCGACCUCGAGAUAAAGAAUUUCUCGUCGGAAUGCGUGCACUUCAGGUACUUCGUGACCCACGCUGAGGUGUCGGGUUGCACCAUCCAGGUCAAGGAUGGCAAGGCGCCAGAGCCAAAACUCAGAACCGGGUCUGCCGACAACGUGGACGCCGACGUGUGCGGCUACAACUGGAUCCAUCACAACACUUUCCGCACGUACGGCAACGAGUGCGUGGAUAUCAAGGAGGGCAGCGCCAACAACCUUGUUGAGCACAAUGUCUGCGAGCAGCAGGUCGACCCCAACUCGGGCUGCUUCGGCUCCCGUGGGUCGGACAACACCUUCCGAUGGAACGAGAUUGCCGAAUGCAAGGGGGCCGGGAUUCGCGUGGGUGGCGAGGAUGGAUACGGAGAGGGCAACCACAUGUACGGUAAUACCAUCAAGAACGCCGAAAAGGGCGCGUUUAACGUUAUGUCUCCCAACCAGGGCACCGUUUGCGAGAACAGCAUCUCGGGCAUCGACCUCAUCGUUUAUGGCUCCUCUCGUCAAUACGCUCUCCACAAUCGCAACCUAUUGCUGCUCAGCCCGUCAACCCUCCUCACUCUUCCUAUGCCGCUCGUUUGCAGUCGUUCGGUGCUGAGGACGACCAGGAGCAGUUCAGCGAGGCGGUGGCUACCGGGGAGUGCUCAAGGUCGGUGGUUAGCGCCGGUUGCCUACCCUGGAGACAUCGGUACAGGAAGCUCGGCCCCGGCGCCCGCGCCGGAGGAGGGUGAUGAAGUCGAUGCGCCCCUAGACGAUAAUGGCCUCGAAGCUGGAGUCAACUUCACCAAUGAUGCCAAAGACAGCGAGCCGGAGAUCGACGUCAUCGAGACCAACGAGUCUGCGGGCUUGACUGGGCUUGGAUCCUGCAGCACCGUCGUCGAAGUCAAGCAGGCCAACCUCUUAGAUGGCACCACCGAGACGUACUUCUCGGUACACCGCGAGGGCACUGCCAUCACAUUAGAGCUCCAGGAGGAGACUGAAGUAAACGGUGUGGCCAUCGGCUUCUUCAUGAAGGCCGCAGAAGCGGAACGCAUCCAGGUGUUCGACAUCUCCGUCAUGGAGGAGGGCGGCGACGACUGGAAGACGGUCAUCUCCCGCAAGGAGUCCAGCGGAGCGAUGGGCGACGUGCAGACCUUCUCUUUCUCCUCCCGCAAGGCCCUGUACGUACGCCUCGAGACCCACGGAAAAAAAAAAAAAAACUUCAACAACUGGACGGCGUUCACCGAGGUCGAGGUGUGCGCCAAGUCGGCAGAGACGAACGCCCUAUUCGGUGGCAUCGAAGCCAUCAGAGAAGAGCUGGGGAUGCUCGCCGGGGAGGUAUGCUCGGCACCGACGAAGCUGGUCCCCACGGGCGCCAAGGCCAGCCGCUCCGAUGACGUCAGGGUUCUCUUCGACGGCAACUACGAGACAUGGUGGUCCACCAUCAACACCCAGAGCGAGUCCGACCUCUCCAACGACAUGGUGCAGCUCACCUUCGCGGGUGACACACGCGUCUCUUUUCUCAACAUCGCCUUCUUCGACGGCCACCUCGCGCACCAGUACUUUUUCGUCUACGUCCAGAGUGCCCACGCCUACACCUGGACGCCCGUGAUGCUCAACGAGCAGGCCGCCACGCAAGUCGGCAUGCAGACCUUCUCCAUCGACCUGGACGGUGUGCACAAGAUAUAUGUCGUCGGCAAGGGAAACGACGUUGGAGCAUACUCCAAGCUUUCAGAGGUCGAGGUCUACGGAUGCUAA